GGUGUUCCAUAGAUUGUGAAAACAUAACCAUGUAUUUAAUUUUCAACCGUGCAGUGUAUAACAUAACACCAUUUUUAUAUUCGUUAAAAGAAGUAAAUAAAAUAUUUCUUCUAACUUUUAAUUCGAAAAUAUAUAAUAAACAUUAUAUUUGUUAUAGUCAAUCACAUAAAAAACAGCAAAGUGGUGCAUGGAAGGUAUUAUUUUUUGGCACAGAUGAAUUUGCUGUCGAAAGUUUGAAAGUCUUGUAUAGCAAAUAUAGAUCUAAGGAACUGGAACGACUAGAAAUUGUUACUGUCAAUCAAAAAAAGGAAAAUUCUGUCACAAAGUAUGCAAAAGAAAAUAAAAUUAUUGUAAAUAAAUGGCCAGUUGAAAUUAAUAAAUCAGAGUUUCAUAUAGGAAUAGUUGUUUCAUUUGGACAUUUAAUACCAUCCAAGAUCAUAAAUGCAUUUCCACUAGGUAUGUUGAAUGUACAUGGUAGUUUAUUACCAAGAUGGAGAGGAGCAGCUCCAAUAAUACACACGUUAAUAAAUGGAGAUUCAAAAACUGGUGUCACAGUAAUGAAAAUAAUGCCAAAAAAAUUUGAUACAGGAGAAAUAAUAUUGCAGAAAGCAAUGGAUAUUGAUGAACAUGAAACUCUGCCAGAAUUAUAUACAAAGUUAGCAAAACUUGGUGCAAAUCUUUUAAAAGAAACGUUUGAAAAUUUAUUAGAAUUAUUAAAAUCUGCAAGACCUCAAGAUGAACAAAAUGUAACAUAUGCACCAAAAAUAACAUCAAAAAUAUCUUUAGUUAAUUGGAAUAAAAUGUCUGCAACAAAUGUUUAUAACUUACAUCGUGCUCUUGUGGGUUUAUACCCUUUAACUACUUCAUUUCAAAACACAAAAAUAAAGUUACUUGAUGUUCAUAAAAUUGAAUCAGAAUCAAUAGUAACAGAACUUGAAGGAGCAGAACCAGGAACCGUGAUAUAUAAUAAAAAGAAUAAUGCAUUGGUUAUAAAGUGUAAAGAAAACACUUUUGUUUCUGCAAAGCAAAUAACUGUACAAGGUAAAUGUACUAUGAGUGCUCUUAAUUUUCGUAAUGGUUAUAUAUCUGGAAGAAAUAGGACGAAAAUAUUAUUUACUUCAAUGUAACUUUCGAAAUUAAUGUUAAUUUAUUUUUAAUGUAAAUAUAAUGUAAUUUCUUUGUGAUAUAAAAAAAUAUACAUAUAUUAUUGCAAAUCAAAUUUGCCUUAAUAUAUUUUAUAGAAUUUAUAUUAAUAGUUACUAAAUUAUGUCAUAAGUAUCAAAAGAGA